GAUCCCAGGCAUAGGUUUGUGUUGUUUACUGUACUGUAGUCUUAGUUUUUUUUUUUUUAAUUACAACAAAAGUUAUUUAUAUUCUUUGUUUAAAAAAAAAUCAGACAAAAGAGAGGUAUGAAACGUUGUACCCCUCCUUGUUAUCGCACUUUGGCCUUUACAUCAGUCUGAGUUCACAGAGUCUGCCACAGUUCUGUGGCCUUUGGAUCAGUCAGUGUCAGAAGGGAGAGGAAUGUUCGUGAUUUUAGUGGCUACUUAUUGCUUCUGAAAGACCAGGACCUAGUACUUGCUGGGAACAUUUAAGAGGUAUUCCAGAAUCAUAACAAAAAUAGUAUUAUUAUAACUGAUAUGUUUACUUUUUUCUAAUGAUUCUCUUCAACAAUAGUGGUGGUGAAGUAAAUCAGGCUCGAUUAUAUUAUGAAUGAGGAAACCGAAGCAGAGGAAUGUUAGGCCGCCCGGUUAAUAUGGUUUGUUAACCAUGUUAGGCGUCUGCUUAGAAAAGAUUUUGGCUCCAAGCAAAACCUUUGUAAGACGUGUGACUAAGUAUAUGGUUCCCUGUUUCUACUUUUCCUGCUUUUAAAAAAAAAUAACAUGUAUUGCUUUCUUCUACACUAUAUAAUUUACUUAUUUAUUAUGUUCAUUACCUUCCUCCCCCUAGUAGAAUGUAAGCUCCAUGAGGGCAGGGAUUUCUGUCUUAGUAGGCACUGGUGGAAUUUCUAGUGUCUGUAGGUGCUCAGUAAAUUUAGUGACUAAGUGAAUUGACCUGUGGCAUAUACUUGGUGCUAUCAGGAGGUGGCAGUUCAGUGGUGGAAUUCUCACCUUCCACGCAGGAGACCUGGAUUUGAUUCCCAGCUACCCAGCCUGUCUCUCAGUGGUGGUUUGCGUGUUGCCUGUUGGAAUCUACUUGAUGGCAGCUAACAACAACGUGAUGCUGAAUAGGUUUCAGUUGAGCUUCCAGGUUAAGACAGACUGGGAAGAAAGGCCUGGUGAUCUGCUCCCAAAAAUCAGCCAGUGAAAACACUGUGGAUCACAGUGGUUCAAUCUGCACCUGGUCGUUGGGAUGCCACAGGACUGGGCAGCAUUUCAUUGCUGUGCGUGGGCUCAGCGUGAGUCGGGGCCAACUUGGUGUCAGCUAAACACCACCACCACCACCAGGAGAUGAGACCUGCUUCCAGUGUUGUUUCAGCGGUUUGAAAUCGCUGGAUGACACUGAUCACCUGACCUGAUUCGAAGAGGUCAUGUUUAUAAACUGAGGCUGGGGAUGCGGCCUGCAGAUUUUUUUUUAGCUUUGCACAAUAUUAUUAAAAUAUUUGGACCUAAGAAAUGGAAGGACUUCACGUAAAUCGAGAUUUGUGAUUUCUCUAGAAAAAUCGGGAAAUCUGACAAUAAAGGCCCCUAUUCCUGCAGAGUAAGCUGCGUAACAGCUCGCUGUUUAGAAGGUUUAUGCUUUACAGUUUGCAGUAGUCCCUGUCGCUCUCUGGUGGCCCCUGCAUACUGGAGUUGAGUGUCGUUUGUUUUUCGCCAUCAUGUAUAUGCUGUUUUGUUUUUUUUUUUUAAUGUUUUUAGCAGUGAAGAAAUACUUCUCUGUAGCUGUUCAUGAAAGAGGAAACAUGGAAAGGUAGAUCACUUCACUCGUUGACAAUACCUCCUCGGCCCUUGUAAUUUGAACACUGCCUCCCCUUGACACAUUAAUUAUCUAAGCCUCUGCGCCUUACGUCUAGAGCCUCUGUUACUGUAGUGAUGAUUGCUGAUGGUACGGAAAAGGGAAGAGAGAGCAGCCCAGACUUAGAGGAAUUAACCUUGGUGCUUGGACUGUGGAAGUAGUGCCACGGAAUGUGAGUCUGGGGAAAAACGCUUCCUUUGUGGAACAUUAGCGCAUAAUAGAUUCAGAUGUUGAGAGUGUGUGGCCACAUUGCUCAGUGAUCAGAUACAACCUUAGAAGGGCCCCAGAGGUGUAUAUUCUCUAUGUGUACUAUUUCCUGUCUACCAGAGAGAUUUUAUUUUUCUAUUUCUUUCCACUUCUGUUUUUCUAUUCCUAUGGUUUUUAUGGUGGCAGGAAAUGCAAAAGAUUUAGAAAACAUUCUGAUGUUUGAAAAAAAAGUGGUACUUUAUCGAGGCAAGUGAAUGUUUUAACAUUCUUGCUUUGAAGACAUAAAAAAUUGAGUUUUGAAUCUCUUAAUAGAACAAACGGCCUACUAUUCCUAGGAUAAAUUUUAAUAAAGUGACAUGGUUAAAACUGUGUAGAAUCCAGAUAGAAUGGAGAGGGUCAUUUUGAGUCUUCACUGUUUAGAAAACAAAUAUAUCUAUUGUAUGUUGAAAGAAAUUGAUUUUCUAUUUUUAGGUAGUGUGUUUUUAGUGAAGACACAUAACAGGAGUCCUGGUGAUAGAAUGGUUAAGUGCUCAGCUGUCACCCGAAAGGUCAGCAGUUUGAACCCACUCAUCAGCUUCCCAGGAGAAAAGACCUGGCAGUCUGCUCCCGUAAAGAUUACAGCCUAGAAAACCCUAUGGGGCAGUUCCACUCUUGUCACAUGAGGUUGCUAUGUGUACCUAACAACAGUAACAACAUUAUAACGCAACAUCUUAGGUGUUGUCCUGUUUUUCUUUUGCUGUUGUUUUGGACAUAGCUGUUAUGGACAGAGAUAAUGCUUGUUUUCUCUGUGGGCCUUAGUACUUGCCUGGUUUGGAAUUUUGCAGAUAAAACUUGAUGUAAUAGGAUAAUGAACACUUUGGAAUUUGAUAAGAAAGUGUGUGUGUGUUUUACAGAGCUUAUACCUUGGUUAGGUUUCAUUGAUAAACUUUGGCAGAAAUACGUUCAAAAAUUUGAAGUAAUUUGAGAGGCAAGUGAUCUUACCCUCGUUUGUCAGAGGUGUGAACUCAGGUACUUUGUCUAAAAACUAAGGGGUGAAUUUGAUCAUCUUUAAGGCACUGUGAUUUAAAAACAAAACCAAAGGAAACAUUUUAAUUUCAUUGUAAAUUUUAAAUGCUGAGGUUGCAUUUCUGAAACUACUACAUGUAGGUUGUAACCUGCUGGAAGGGAAAUCCGAAGUUAAAACUGAUGUAGGAUGUGAUUUGAAAUCUUUGGUAUCCGCCAGGGGCUACAAGAAUUGGGAUCUUCUUGGACCACAUAGAGGCUGCAGGGGAAUUCGAGAGCUGUAGGCUGGCUUUAUUUAGAGCUUUGUAGCUGAAUACAGUCUACUUUAGCAAGAAAUGAUGUUAGUAUAUACCUCUUCUGGCUAUGGAUUUUGAAGCUUUUCCUGUUUAUCACUGCAGCCCUUAACAUUUUCAGAAUAAGGAAAGAGAAGCUUAGAACCAGGAAGUAGCUUACCACAUCUUGUUCCUGGAAAAGCUGGCUGCCUAAAAAUGCUUAUCAUUUAAGGUGUGACCUGAAUGAGUGUUCUACAGUUAUAAUUCUCCCUUAAAGAGCUGCUGUGGCUAAACGAGUACUUUCUAGGGAGCAUUUCUAACUAGGCCUUUAGUUAUGACUGCAAUCACACAUUAGCAAAACUGCUGUGUUAGGGUCACAGAAUUUAGACUUAGACUACAUUCUCUUCAAGUUCCCUUCUAAGCACCUCAUGUUGCAGAUAAACACAGACCCUGGGAAACUUAUGUCACACAGUCAGUGUAAGUAGCUGAACUAAGUUGAACCCAGAUCUCUGGAUUGCCAUCCAGGUCCUCUUUCCCUAGUUUGAUGUGGAUUUUAGGCAACGUAUCCUGUGUUAGAAUUCCUUGCGAAAUAUUUAAAAACGGAAUUAUAACAUACAGCAAAUUAUACAAGUCUACAUGUUCAUAAGUAUAUUUUGAGAGGUAAUUGAUCAUUUCAAAACCAUUUUUAUUAUAAAUUCUACAAAAAGUUGCCAUUGUGAGAGUAUGGUAUCAUUAUUUGUGUUGCCAAUAUUCUCCUGUGAAAUGUGAUGCUUAAAACAAUUAGCUUUUACUGAACCAAAGUUGCUGUCAAGUCAAUUUUGACUCAUAGUGACCCUAUAGUACAGAGUAGAACUGCCCCAUAGGGUUUUCACGGAGUGCUUGGUGGGUUUGGACUGCUGACCUUUUGGUUAGCAGCCGAGCUCUUAACCACAUCGCUACCAGGGCUCCAAGCUUGUACAGAAAAGGGGUAUGUGUGUGUGUGUGUGUGUGUGUGUGUGUGUCUGUGUCUGUCUGUCUGUCUGUCUGCCUGCGUAUGUAUGUAUGUGGUAGCUUUUUACUUACUCAACAGUGAGACUUUAAAAUUUAUAGACAAUGGUCACAUAAUAUUCAAGGUUCUGUUUAUUAGCUUUCUUGAGGGUAGAGAAGGCAUUGAGAAAGACGUGACUUGUAAUGGUGUUGAACUUCACAGAAUCAGCUUUGAAUAAAUAGGAUUUUUAAUGUGCUGUCAACUUUUAAAACUCACAGUGAACAAAUAAUACCCACAGGACUUUGUAAAGUAAAAAUUAAUUUAGAACAAAUAUUUCUUUCACUAGUUCUUGUUUCUGAAUCAACCAUUUCCAUGAGGAAUUCACAAAAAUGUCUUCUAGAAUGUGUAUCAUAGGAGUACAAUUUAAGAUUGGGGCAAAGUGUUUUACCACAGGAUUUUUUAAACCUUGGAAAAAAACAGUAAGAAUUCAUCAGGGGUGAGGAAAUUUCCUUAGUGAAUGUUGGGAACAGGAUGCGAUGUGGCACAGCUGUCUGCAGAGGUUUGGAGGAUUUCCCUGGGACAAAAGGCAGCACUGAGUCAUCAGUGAUUGGAUAGGGGGAACAAAGAAUCAACACACACCAGAAACACGUCGAAUGUCAGAUUCAUUAAACCCUCAGCAGUAUGAAAAUUUUAAAUUAUAAUUUCAAUCUAAACAAUAUAUUGGACAGAAGGAUCCUGGAACAUAAAAAAACAAAAGAUUCCAUUAACUUUUGUAAAGAUCAAGGAUAUGGAGGUUAGAAAAUCUCAUAAUUGACCCCUUAUUUCUAAGGUCUCUUGAAAUCCCAGCCCAGUUACAUAAGUGGAAGGCUGUAUUUCCAGUGUCUGCACAGUGCCAGGUGCAUAAGACAUCCGGGAAGUGUUUGAACAACCAAGGGAAAGAAUUCCCAGGUUUGCCAACUCAACUUCUUAUAACUCCAAUCACAGGAAGCCAGUUGAGGGAAGUUCUCCAUGAAUGUACGUCACAAUGAUGAUGACCGACCAUAUCCCUCUGGAACUGUCGCCCUUGCUGAACGGAGAGGUCGCCAUGAUGCCUCACUUGGUUAAUGGAGAUGCAGCUCAGCAGGUUAUUCUCGUUCAAGUUAAUCCAGGUGAGACUUUUACAAUAAGAGCAGAGGAUGGAACGCUUCAGUGCAUUCAAGGACCUGCCGAAGUUCCCAUGAUGUCACCCAAUGGAUCCAUUCCUCCCAUCCAUGUACCUCCAGGUUAUAUCUCACAGGUGAUUGAAGACAGUACUGGAGUUCGCCGGGUGGUAGUCACACCCCAGUCUCCUGAGUGUUACCCUCCGAGCUACCCUUCAGCUAUGUCUCCGACCCAUCACCUACCCCCCUACAUGACUCACCACCCACAUUUUAUUCCUAACUCACACACGGCUUACUACCCACCUGUUACUGGACCUGGAGAUAUACCGCCUCAGUUUUUUCCUCAGCAUCAUCUUCCUCCCACAAUCUAUGGUGAGCAAGAAAUUAUACCACUCUAUGGAAUGUCAAGCUACAUUACCCGGGAAGACCAGUACAGCAAACCUCCGCACAAAAAACUGAAAGACCGCCAGAUCGACCGCCAGAACCGCCUCAAUAGCCCUCCUUCUAUCUACAAACCCAACUGCACAACAGUGUACAAUGGCUAUGGGAAAGGCCACAGUGGUGGAAGCGGCGGAGGCGGGGGAGGCGGCAGCGGUGGUGGGCCAGGAAUUAAGAAAACAGAGCGGCGAGCAAGAAGCAGUCCAAAGUCGAAUGAUUCUGACUUGCAAGAGUAUGAGUUGGAAGUAAAGAGGAUGCAAGACAUUCUUUCAGGAAUAGAGAAACCACAGGUGUCUAAUAUUCAGGCGAGAACAGUUAUGCUGUCUUGGGCUCCCCCAGUUGGACUUUCGUGUGGACCCCACAGCGGUCUUUCCUUCCCCUACAGUUAUGAGGUGGCCUUAUCAGACAAAGGACGAGAUGGAAAAUACAAGAUAAUUUACAGCGGAGAAGAAUUAGAAUGUAACCUGAAAGAUCUUAGACCAGCAACUGAUUAUCAUGUGAGGGUCUAUGCCAUGUACAAUUCCGUAAAGGGAUCCUGCUCCGAGCCAGUUAGCUUCACCACCCACAGCUGUGCACCUGAGUGUCCUUUCCCACCUAAGCUGGCGCACAGGAGCAAAAGUUCACUAACCUUGCAGUGGAAGGCACCAAUCGACAAUGGUUCAAAAAUCACCAACUACCUUUUAGAAUGGGAUGAGGGAAAAAGAAACAGUGGUUUCAGACAGUGCUUCUUUGGGAGCCAGAAACACUGCAAGUUAACAAAGCUUUGUCCGGCCAUGGGGUACACGUUCAGGCUGGCUGCUCGGAAUGACAUUGGCACCAGUGGUUACAGCCAAGAGGUAGUAUGCUACACAUUAGGAAACAUUCCUCAGAUGCCCUCUGCACCAAGACUUGUCCGAGCUGGAGUCACAUGGGUCACAUUGCAGUGGAAUAAACCAGAAGGCUGUUCACCCGAGGAAGUAGUUACCUACACCUUGGAAAUUCAAGAGGAAGAAAAUGAUAACCUUUUCCACCCAAAAUACACUGGAGAGGAAUUAACAUGUACUGUGAAAAAUCUCAAAAGAAGCACACAGUAUAAAUUCAGGCUGACUGCUUCUAAUAUGGAAGGAAAAAGCUGUCCAAGUGAAGUUUUGGUUUGUACGACAAGUCCUGAUCGGCCUGGACCUCCUACAAGACCCUUGAUUAAAGGACCAGUGACAUCUCAUGGCUUCAGUGUCAAAUGGGACCCCCCAGAGGACAAUGGUGGCUCAGAAAUCCUGAAGUAUUUGCUGGAGAUUACUGAUGGAAAUUCUGAAGCAAGUCAGUGGGAAGUGGCGUACAGUGGAUCGGCUACAGAGUACACUUUCACCCACUUGAAACCAGGCACUUUGUACAAACUCCGAGCGUGCUGCAUCAGUACCGGUGGACACAGUCAGUGUUCUGAAAGUCUCCCUGUCCGCACACUAAGCAUUGCACCAGGUCAGUGUCGACCACCGAGGGUUUUGGGUAGACCUAAGCACAAAGAAGUCCACUUAGAGUGGGAUGUUCCUGCAUCUGAAAGUGGCUGUGAGGUCUCAGAGUACAGCGUGGAGAUGACGGAACCUGAGGACGUGGCCUCGGAAGUGUACCACGGGCCGGACCUGCAGUGCACAGUGGGGCACCUGCUUCCGGGAACAGUCUAUCGUUUCCGGGUGAGGGCUCUGAACGACGGAGGGUAUGGCCCGUAUUCCGAUGUAUCAGAAAUCACUACUGCUGCAGGGCCACCUGGACAGUGCAAAGCGCCUUGUAUUUCUUUUACUCCGGAUGGAUGGGUCCUGGUGAGUUGGGAGAGUCCUGAAAGCUCCGGCGCCGAUAUAUCAGAGUACAGAUUGGAAUGGGGAGAAGAUGAAGACUCCUUGGAACUUGUUUAUCAUGGGACGGAAACCUGCUUUGAGAUAAGAGAUCUGUUGCCUGCUGCACAGUAUUGCUGCAGACUACAGGCUGUCAAUCAAGCAGGAGCAGGGCCAUAUAGUGAGCUUGUCCAUUGUCAGACACCAGCAUCUGCCCCUGACCCUGUCUCUACUCUCUGUGUCCUGGAGGAGGACACCAUCAGCGCCUAUCCUGAUUCGCCUUCUGUGUGCCUUGUACUAAACUGGGAAGAGCCGUGCAAUAAUGGGUCUGAAAUCCUUGCUUACAACAUUGAUCUUGGAGACAUUAGUAUCACCGUGGGCAAUACUACCACCCAUGUUAUGAAAGAUCUCCUUCCCGAAACCACCUACAGGAUCAGAAUUCAGGCUAUAAAUGAAAUUGGAGCUGGACCAUUUAGUCAGUUCAUUAAAGCAAAAACUCGGCCAUUACCACCCUUGCCUCCUAGGCUAGAAUGUGCUGCAGCUGGUCCUCAGAGCCUGAAGCUAAAGUGGGGAGACAGUAACUCCAAGACACAUGCUGCUGAUGACAUGGUGUAUACGCUGCAGCUGGAGGACAGGAACAAGAGGUUUAUUUCAAUCUACAGAGGACCCAGCCACACCUACAAGGUCCAGAGGCUGACGGAGUUCACAUGCUACUCCUUCCGAAUCCAGGCAGCAAGUGAUGCUGGUGAAGGGCCCUUCUCGGAAACCUACACCUUCAGCACAACCAAAAGUGUCCCCCCGGCCAUCAAAGCACCUCGAGUGACACAGUUAGAAGGAAAUGCAUGUGAAAUUCUGUGGGAGACGGUACCACCAAUGAAAGGCGAUCCUGUCAGCUACAUUCUGCAGGUGUUGGUUGGAAGAGAAUCUGAAUACAAACAGGUGUACAAGGGAGAAGAAGCCACAUUCCAAAUCUCAGGCCUCCAGACCAACACGGACUACAGGUUCCGCGUGUGUGCGUGUCGUCGCUGUUUAGACACCUCUCAGGAGCUAAGCGGAGCUUUCAGCCCUUCUGCGGCUUUCGUACUACAACGAAGUGAGGUCAUGCUUACAGGGGACAUGGGGAGCUUAGAUGACCCCAAAAUGAAGAGCAUGAUGCCUACUGAUGAACAGUUUGCAGCCCUCAUUGUGGUUGGCUUUGCAACUUUGUCCAUUUUAUUUGCCUUUAUAUUACAGUACUUCUUAAUGAAGUAAACACACCCAACAGAACUAGAGGUAUGAAUUUAAUUGAUGCUACACAUUUUAAUACACACAUUUAUUCAGAUACUCCCUUUUUUUUAAGUCUUUUUGUUCUUUGAUUUAUAUACUUCUCUUGUUUUACAGAUUUAGCUAGAAAAAAAAAUAUCAGUGUUUUGGUGCACCUUUUUGAAAUGCAAAACUAGGAAGAGGUUAAACUGGAUUUAAAAAAAAGGAAA